UUUAGUCAACUCUCAGCUGGAUAUAGCACUGUAUACUACAGCAUAUCCGGCUCUGUAUACUCACAUACUUCCAAAAUGGGCGACACCGCCAAUAAAACAGAUGACAUGAAGAGCACAUCGCUCGACGAGUUCAAGCUGGAGGCCAUGCGCUCCAUGGGAUGGGCCGUCGAGGCGGACAUACCCAUGGCGAAUGCCGAGAAUCUGGCCAUCCUCGAGGAGAUGGUGGGCAUGCGGGCAGAGAAGUUCAAUCUGCAGCAGCGCAUCGCAAAUCUGGAGGAGCGCGAAAAGACAAUCGAGCGGCACAAGAAAAAUAUUGAGGCUACGCUGCAGCAGAAUAUUAACUUCUUCAAUUCGGUGAAGAACGAUGUGCUGAAGGAGGCGCAUCGCACGCAGCUGGUGAUCCUGGAGCGCAACAAGCUCAAGGAGGACUUGCGCAAGAAUCAAAAGGAGUUGUCAGAAUACACGGAAUUCGCGGAGCACACACUGCGUAAAAUUAAUAAAAGCAAGCGCGAGAUCGAUGAUCUGACCAAGCGCAUCAAGGCGGCCAAGUCGAGCCUGGUCGAGUGGGCCGAGGCCAUGGAGGAUGGCAACAAGGGCUACCAGCUGAUCGACAAAUACUACCAGGACGAUCAGCAGCGGGCAAAGGAGCUGAACACGCGUCGCCAGCUGCUGCAGGCGGAGAUCGAGAAGCGUCGCAGCGCGGUCGUCAUGCUCUACGAUGAGCAGAGCACGCUGGAGAAGAAUCUGGAGCGCACGGCUAGCUUGUAUAGGGAGGCGCAUCUGGAGAGACGCCAAAUGGUGGAUACAUGGAAGCAGGCGGUCAAUCAGAUGACACAGCGCGAACAGGAUAUACAAGCCGGCGAGGAGGAGUGCAUUAGGCUGACGGAGCAGGCUGAGGUGAUGGCCAAUGCAUAUUUCAGGGCCAAUGAGCAGCUGAACGAUGUCCUGGAGAAUAAUCGGCUGGUCGAGCAAAGCAUCGAGAUAUUGAACUCGGAGACAUCCGAUGCCAAGAAUGAGAUACAGCGCCUGGUCGAUACCUCGACUCUGAAGGAGCGCGAGAUCCUAGCGCUGCGCCACGAACUGGAGAAUCUGUCCAACCAGGUGCAUGCUCAGCGUCUGGAAAAUCGCAAGCUGAUCAAGCAACGGGAUGAGAAGCUUGUCGAGAUUGAGAACUUCGCCACGACGCUGAAGAAAAUUGAGGAUCGCCUGAAGGCGAUCGAGGACAAGCACACCGAUGCCAAUCAGCGACUCCAAAUCCUCGACGAGAUGAUGGAGGGCGAAGAGGAGGCGCUCAAGUUACUGAACAAAGAGCAGCAGCGCUGCAACGAGCUGCUCUACCGCACCCAGCGCCAGAUAAACGAGCUGAAGGAUGAGGAGACCACGAUCAUGGUGCAGAAUGGAGCCCUGCAGUCCACGCUGCUUGCCGUCACCCGUAGCCAGCGGCAGGUGGAGGCGGAGAUAAAGCGCCAGACGGAAAUACACUACGACAUGUCCUUCAAGUACUUGCAGUGCGAGCGCAAGCUAGCCGACCUGCGAGGCAAAAACGCAGACCCGGAGACGGAGGCACGCAACCAGAAGAUUCUCUCUGAACUGGAGCAGUAUCUGGCCAAGCUGCAGCGUCGUCUGGCCUCCACGGAGGCGCAAAACAAGAAGCUCAACUAUAGCAUGAAUGCCCUGGUCGGGGUCUAUAACAACGAUGCCAAGGAUCUGGAGCUGGUCAAGUUCAAGAUCAAGGAGGCGCAGGUCUACUGCGAGGGCACCAUCAAGCGCCUCCGCAUGAAUCGCUACGAAAACUCCGAGCUCGUGGUGGAACUGAGUGUGCUCAAGAUGCGCUGCUGCGACAUCCAGAAUGUGAUCGACAACUGCGAGAAGGGCACCUACAGCCUGAAUCAGCAUCGGCUGGCCUUCCAGCGCAUCAUCAAGGAUCGCUUUGUGGAGCUGCAAAGUCAGCGGGAUAUUUUGCUACUGAAGCGAAAACAUCUCAACGAGGAACUGAGCACGCUUCGCGCCGAUCUUGGAGAGCGCAAGAAGCACAUCAACGUGCUGCGUGCCCGCUUCGAGUUGACAUCGGCGCUGCUGGGCGUCAACGAGGAUGGCACCAUAAUCACGGCCACCCAGCUGAAAGUGGAAAAUGCCCAGGAGCGACAGCUGCUCGCCGACGAGGGAGACGAACUCAACAAAAAGGUGAUCAAGGCGGAGAAGGAGGUGAUUGCCCUGGAGAAUACGCUGCGCCAAUUCGACAAGUCCAACGACAACUACCGCAAGAAUCUAAAAAGUUUCGAUGACAGCUCAAAAGACGAACAGCGCGCUGAGGAGGAGUUGAGGAAGGUGCAGGAGGCCUAUUGCAAGCAGCUGGAGCAGCUGAAGGUGCUGCGCUGCAAGGCCGAGGCAUACGACAAUAAGAUUGAGCGGCAGCAACAGGAAAUCGAUAAACUAAUGGAUGACAUCGAAACGGAAAAACAAAAGUGCAUAGACGAUGCGGAAACGUUGCGCAAACUGAAGAGAGAGCUGCACGAGCAAAAGGCGAAAAUCGAGCGAGCCAAUCGCGAGAUACAAACGCUGCUCAAGGAAAUCAAACAGCAGGCCAUAAGCGAAGAUUUUCUGUCGCUAUUCGAGCGCGACCUCAAUCUGCAGGAGCUGGAGAAUCGCAACAGAAAGGUAUUAAAUCUAUUGUGUGACAUGACCAAUACCGAUCCGGAUGGGGCUCGCAUAAUAACCUAUAUGCUGGACAAAGGGAUUAAGCUGCCACAGCAUUUGAAGCCCGUGCGCAGUUGUGCGUUCUCCAGGACAUCGUCGUACUCCUCGGUGGAUUGCUAUUCCGUCAAAGGUUAUAGCGCACGUUCCUCCACCUCAGAGGCGAGCCUGGGCAAGGAGGAGCCCAGCUCGGCGAAGCUUAGCGUCGUCUCCCUGGAUUUUCCGACGAAAAAGAAAAAGUGAUGCUCCACAAAUUUCUCAAUUUUCUUCUAGUUGUACUAUUACUAUUCCCCCACUCUCCGCACGUGCUUUGGCCAAUGAACUGUUUACAAAUCGGACAGCCAAAGAGAAACAAGAAUAAACGGCACAGCGAAUGAGAAAACACGAAGAGAUACAAAAAUAGAGCACAGCAAAGCACUGACCAAAUAUCAACAAGAAUCAAGAGAGCAGCACAUACAUAUAGGCAUUACUAUAUACACAUACAUAUAUAGUAUAUAGGUAUACUUGUUUAUAAAUAGAGUUUGAUUUCACACA